ACCACGCGUAAUCCAAAGUUGGAAUUAAUCACCGCGAUAUUGCCAUCGCCACCGCUACAACAGAAAAUAGUAUUAAUUGGCUUAAGAGACAUGGACUUUUAAAUACCCCAAAAAUAUGCCCCUCCUGUGGAGCUAGCAUGAUGGAAGUUGCCAUAUCCGUACUACUCUGAAAUGUGAUUUUUUUUAGCUGUUUAUAAAUAAAUCACACACGUGAUUGAAGUUACCUGUUUAUAUAUAAGUCACACACGUGAUUGAAUAUCAUAGUACUGGCUGCACAACAACUUAUGAUAACCUUCCAGUAUAGGGAAAUAAUGGUCAAACCAAAGCGUUUGACCCGAGUUCAAAAAUAUAAAAAAAAACUAGUGUAAUAGGUGUAAAACAACUUGCUGUGAACGAAUAUGAAGAAAAAAAUGCGCGCUCGCGAACGGGUGGGGUGAGGAGAGUACGGAUAAUACUAACAAAAGCGAAAUUGCAACAUCUGACGAUUACGAAUCAUAUUUCUAACUGAAAAUGUUUCUGUGGCGGUCAAUAUCUAGCUGGUAUUUUCAAGGGAAAAUACAGAUUCAUGAUGUUAUUGGAAAAAUUAAAAAUAGUGACAUUAACUACAUGAAAAAAUUUAUUGAAGACCAUCCAGAUAAAGUUAACCAAAUAGAUGCAGACGGUAAAACUUGCUUGAUGGCAGCUUGUUAUCAGUUCAAUACACAUUUAACAAAUUUGUUGAUAGAUGCAGGAGCUGAAUUGAACAUGAGAGACAAAGAUAGUAAAACAGCUUUGCAUCAUGCUGUAUUGGUGUGUAAUCUUCCAGCUGUGAUGAUAUUAAUAUCCCGGGGAAGCGAUGUGAACGGGAAGGACAGAGAUGACUUAACUCCACUCCAUUUGGCUGCAUUGAAGGGGAAGGAAUGGAAGGAAGUGGUGGCUGCGUUAUUACAAGCAAAGGGACAGAGUGUUAAUGUGAAUCAACGUGAUAUCAUUGGUCAAACACCUCUACACUAUGCAUGUUCCCGUGGAGACACAAAGACAGUUCACCUCUUAUUGAAUCACACUGACAUCAGUGUCAAUAUGGUGGACAAUUAUGGUGCCACCCCUCUAGAUAUUGCAGUUCGAGAGCAACACUAUGAUGUGGUGACUCUGAUGCUGUCCCAGGUUUCAGUGAAAAUGGAAAUGAACUAUAUGAAAAUGACACCAUUCCUUUUAGCCGUCUCCCGUGGUCACCUCGGAAUGAUCCACAAAUUGAUAGCAAGGGGUGCAGAAGUAAAUGCUCGCAACAAUGAAGGCAACAAUUGCCUGCACCUUGCUGUGAAGAAGGAGGUAUUUCAUUCUGAGGAAGAACCCUUAAUUAUUUUAAAUGAGUGCUGCACUGAGCUCAAACUGAGAAAUGAAAACCGGCUCUCGGGUGUAGUGGUUGCUAGUUACCUGGCCCUCCAGGGAGCUGACUUUUACUGUAAAAACAAAAAUGGCAUAGCACCACUGGACCUCAUUAAAAAUGCAAAAUUGAAUAUUAAAGUAAUGACAUUAUUCCCACCACAAUGUCGCUGGUGUCAAGAGAAAAAGGCCUCUGUCACACUUCAUCCAUGUCAACAUAUUCUUGUUUGUGAGAACUGCUGUUCUGAAAUGACAUUUAAGAGAUGCCCCAUGUGUCGACAAAGCGUACUCAGGAAAAGUGGAUUUGAAAGUCCAAUGUUUGAAGAGAAAGAAGUGCAGACAGUUUCAGAUGCAGUUAUGAGACCAAAAUCAGUGACAAAGCAAGUCCAGACAGUUGCAUCCACUUCAGAAAAGGCUUCAAAGAUGAAAGAGAAAGGAGUCCAGACGGUGGCUGAGGCAGCUGUGAGGCCAAAAUCAGUGACAAAGCAAGUCCAGACAGUUGCAUCCACUUCAGAAAAGACUCUGAUGAUGGAAGACAAGCAAGUCUGGACGGUGACAGAAGCAGUUGAGAGUCGAAAGCUGGAGGAGAAGGAUCUUCUGAGGGUGGCCAAGAGGUUAGGAAGUGAUUGGUGGCAAGUGGGUGUUUUUUUAGGUAUUGAAAUUACUGAGCUGGAAAUUGAUGAUGGUUCUAAUAACACUGUAAAACAGGGCUACAAUAUGCUGUACGAAUGGUUUACAAGUUGUGAUCCACAAACACGAAUACUCGAAACAUUAAGUGCAGCUCUUGAAGAAGCUGAGUGUUUGACUGCACUUGAGUGCUUGUCAUUAGUUGCAGAGUGAAUUGCUGUGUAAAUGUUGUUGUCUCAGGUUAACCUUGACCAAACAGGGGCUUAUGAUUAAAUGCAUUCCAGCCAGGGCCAUCCUGUCUUUUUCUUGAGUGUAGACAACUCAGAACCAUAUUGUUGAAUGCGUCCUACUUUAAAGGGAUAAGGUGUGAAGUACAGUGGAUUUGGCUACUAAUUCUAGCAGGACUGUCUAUCUCAUAGAGACGCCCUUCACUGGUUUGGCUCCUUUGUUAAAAAUUGACUUUUGAAAUAAAGAUAAACUUCAAAAUGUU